AUGGGAGAUGGCGCGAAUGUAUUCAAUACAUUCAGUUUCAAUAAAUGGGCAGACGGCAAGCGCGAGGAGGAAAUAGACAAGGAGAGCAGACGCCGACGUGCUGAGCAGAUUAAACGGCUGAAAGAAAGGCUUCGAAAGGAGAGAGCCUUGCGAGAAGCUCAAGGAGAUGGGGAUCUAGAUUUAGAUGCGUUGAUUGAAGCUAUACAAAGAGGAGAAUUGAUAAAUAUGCCUCAACAAACUGAUGUAGUAGUGACAAACUUGCCGGAUGAAUCAAGUAAACGAAAAAGAGGGGUUCCUGAUGAAUUCACUGACGAUUACAUUUUCAAUGAGAUCAAUCUCUACGCAAAUCGUUCAAUAGGGCUGAACAGUGCUGCAGAGCAUGUGGCUGCUCAGGAUGUUCCAGUCAAUAUGCAACAACUUGAUCCUCUCUCAUGGAGAUACAACCGUCGUAACCAAAAUAACGAAAUGACACCAAAAAACGAAGCUCAACCCGAAAGACGACCGAAUAAUUUCAAAUUCAACAGAAUGAUUCACGAAAUACCAAAAUAA